AUUAACACUUCGUCUCACACUCUCUCUCAAAAACUAAACGCAAGCACUCAACGACGCCAGAUCUGCGAGAGAACAGACAGAAAACCCUCGUUCUCUCUCCUCUCUCUCUAGGAUCCCGAUCUACAUCCUCGUGGAUGAUUCUCCCUCUCUAAAACUCUUCCCUCUCCCUCUCUCUACAUGUACGUCCCUUGCUGCCGCUGCUGGCGAUUGCUUAUGCGGUAGUGUAUCAGUUCGAUUUACCGUUUCACUUUACCAGAUCUGAGAGAAUUGUGUGGACUGUGCUUUUUUAAGUGAUUGUUGUGUAACUGAGGUUUGAGAUUUGUUGUGAUUCGGGAAAAUGUUGACGAAAUUUGAGACAAAGAGUAAUAGAGUGAAAGGACUGAGUUUCCACAGUAAGAGACCGUGGAUCCUCGCGAGUCUCCAUAGUGGUGUGAUCCAGCUAUGGGAUUAUCGGAUGGGGACUCUCAUUGACAGGUUCGACGAGCACGAUGGCCCCGUUCGUGGCGUCCACUUUCACAAAUCUCAGCCACUUUUUGUGUCUGGAGGUGAUGAUUACAAGAUUAAGGUUUGGAACUACAAGUUGCAUAGGUGUCUUUUUACUCUUCUUGGACACCUGGAUUACAUCCGGACUGUUCAGUUUCACCACGAGCAUCCUUGGAUUGUGAGUGCAAGUGAUGAUCAGACUAUCAGAAUUUGGAAUUGGCAAUCACGUUCAUGUAUUUCUGUUUUGACCGGCCACAAUCACUAUGUGAUGUGUGCUUCAUUCCACCCUAAGGAAGACCUUGUCGUGUCAGCUUCACUAGAUCAGACUGUCCGUGUUUGGGAUAUUGGUGCCCUGAAGAAGAAGUCUGCUGCCCCAGUUGAUGACAUUCUGCGGUUGAGUCAGAUGAACACGGAUCUGUUUGGCGGGGUGGAUGCUGUAGUUAAGUAUGUAUUGGAAGGUCAUGAUCGUGGAGUUAACUGGGCUUCGUUUCACCCAACCUUGCCGUUAAUAGUCUCUGGCGCAGAUGAUCGUCAAGUGAAACUGUGGCGCAUGAAUGAUACAAAGGCAUGGGAAGUGGACACGUUGAGAGGGCACAUGAAUAAUGUGUCAUGUGUCAUGUUUCAUGCCAAACAGGACAUAAUUGUUUCCAACUCCGAGGACAAAAGCAUUCGUGUUUGGGAUGUGACAAAGCGGACUGGCGUUCAAACUUUCCGUCGGGAGCACGAUCGGUUUUGGAUUCUCUCAUCUCACCCUGAGAUGAAUCUUCUGGCUGCCGGCCACGAUAGCGGAAUGAUUGUGUUUAAAUUGGAAAGAGAGAGGCCUGCCUUCUCUAUAAGUGGUGACUCUAUGUUCUAUGCCAAAGAUCGCUUUCUUCGUUUUUACGAGUUUUCAAGUCAGAAAGAUACCCAAGUAAUUCCAAUUCGACGCCCUGGUUCUACAAGCCUAAACCAAGGUCCACGCACUCUGUCAUACAGUCCUACAGAAAAUGCUGUUCUCAUUUGUUCUGAUACUGAUGGUGGCUCUUAUGAGCUCUACAUUGUCCCUAAAGACAGUAUUAGUCGGGGUGAUACCAUGCAAGAGGCGAAAAGAGGUAUAGGAGGAUCAGCUGUAUUUGUUGCUCGAAAUAGGUUCGCUGUGCUUGACAAAAGCAACAACCAAGUUCUAGUCAAGAACCUUAAGAAUGAGAUUGUUAAGAAAAGCAGUCUUCCUAUGGCUGCUGAUGCAAUAUUCUAUGCGGGAACAGGGAAUUUGCUUUGUAGAGCAGAGGAUAGAGUUGUUAUAUUUGACCUUCAGCAGAGAAUUGUUCUUGGUGAUCUUCAAACUCCUUUUGUCAAGUACAUUGUUUGGUCGAAUGAUAUGGAGAGCGUGGCCUUGCUCAGCAAACAUGCUAUAGUCAUUGCUAGUAAGACACUCGUGCACCAGUGCACCCUUCAUGAGACCAUUCGUGUGAAGAGCGGAGCCUGGGAUGACAAUGGGGUUUUCAUUUAUACAACCCUGAAUCACAUCAAGUAUUGUCUUCCCAAUGGCGAUAGUGGAAUAAUAAAGACCCUUGAUGUCCCAAUUUACAUCACAAAAGUAUCAGGCAACAAGAUUUUUUGCUUGGAUCGGGAUGGGAAAAACAAGGUUAUAGCCAUUGAUGCAACAGAAUAUAUCUUUAAGCUGUCUUUGAUGAAGAAAAAAUUUGACCAUGUUAUGAGCAUGAUAAGGAACUCUCAGCUCUGUGGGCAGGCAAUGAUUGCUUAUUUACAGCAGAAGGGGUUCCCUGAAGUUGCUCUUCAUUUUGUGAAAGAUGAGAGAACCCGUUUUAAUUUGGCUCUGGAGAGUGGGAACAUCCAAAUUGCAGUUGCUUCAGCUAAGGAAAUCGAUGAGAAGGAUCACUGGUACAGAUUGGGUGUGGAGGCUCUUCGUCAAGGUAAUGCUGGAAUUGUUGAGUAUUCCUACCAGAGGACAAAGAAUUUUGAGAGGUUAUCUUUCCUUUAUCUCAUUACUGGGAAUAUGGAGAAACUAUCCAAAAUGCUCAAAAUUGCUGAGGUCAAGAAUGAUGUCAUGGGCCAGUUCCACAAUGCCUUGUAUCUUGGUGACGUUCGAGAACGUGUUAAGAUUUUGGAGAAUGCUGGGCAUUUGCCUCUUGCUUAUAUCACUGCUUCGGUCCAUGGACUACAAGAUGUUGCUGAACGUCUAGCAACCGAGUUGGGAGAUAAUUUACCUAUGUUGCCAGAGGGUAAAGUACCCUCCCUUCUGACGCCUCCAUCCCCCAUUUUGUGCAGUGGAGAUUGGCCCCUUUUAAGAGUUAUGCGAGGCAUAUUUGAGGGUGGCCUGGAUAAUAUUGGAAGGGGUGCCACUGAUGAAGAUGAAGAGGCUGCAGAUGCUGAUUGGGGCGAAGAAUUGGACAUGGUUGACGCGAAUGGUAUAGAAAAUGGAGACAUUGAAGCUGUUUUGGAAGACGGGGAAGUUCCUGAAGAAAAUGAAGAGGGUGGAUGGGAUCUUGAGGAUUUGGAGCUUCCUCCUGAGGCUGAUACUCCAAAGGCAUCUAUCAAUGCCCGCUCUGCUGUUUUUGUGGCCCCGACUCCUGGCAUGCCCGUAAGCCAAAUUUGGAUCCAGAGAUCUUCUCUCGCUGCAGAACAUGCUGCGGCUGGCAAUUUCGAUACUGCAAUGCGGUUACUGAGUCGGCAAUUGGGAAUAAAGAACUUUACCCCUUUGAAACCCAUGUUCCUCGAUCUUCAUACUGGAAGUCACACUUUUGUACGAGCAUUUUCAUCUGCCCCAGUGUUAUCCUUAGCUGUUGAACGCGGAUGGAGCGAGUCUUCUAGCCCUAAUGUGAGGGGACCACCGGCGCUUGUGUUCAAUUUCUCUCAAUUGGAAGAGAAACUAAAAUCUGCUUACAAAGCCACAACAUCUGGGAAGCUUGCUGAGGCUCUUAGGCUUUUCACUAGUAUCCUCCAUACCAUUCCUUUGAUUGUGGUCGAGUCAAGAAGGGAGGUUGAUGAAGUUAAGGAGUUUAUUAUCAUAGUGAAAGAAUAUGUUUUGGGUCUGCAAAUGGAGCUCAAGAGGAGGGAAAUGAAAGACAACCCAGUACGCCAGCAGGAGCUUGCGGCUUAUUUCACUCACUGCAACCUUCAAACGCCUCACUUGAGGCUAGCUCUCCAAAACGCGAUGACUGUUUGCUUCAAGGCUAAGAACCUCAGUACCGCUGCAAAUUUCGCUAGACGGCUCCUAGAGACCAAUCCUACCAAUGACAACCAAGCAAAGACGGCUCGCCAAGUGCUUCAGGCAGCUGAGAAGAACAUGAAAGAUGUGUCUCAGCUGAAUUAUGAUUUCAGAAACCCAUUUGUGGUUUGUGGGGCCACAUAUGUGCCCAUUUACCGAGGACAGAAGGAUGUUUCCUGCCCAUAUUGCAGUUCACGGUUCGUGCUAGGCCUGGAAGGGAAGCUUUGUACUGUUUGUGACCUUGCGGUGGUGGGGGCUGAUGCUUCUGGCUUGCUGUGUUCUCCUACUCAGAUAAGAUGAUCACAUUAAGGCAGAGGUACGAAAUAUUGAAUCAAGAGUUUAAGGUUCCAUCGCGCUGUUUUUGCUCUCCUGGCUCCCCCACUUUUGGCUUGCUCUUUUUGUUUACCCUCUUUUUUAUAGUUGUUCUAAUUUUCGUUGUAAUAAAAUGGAGAUUUUUUGGCUGGGGUUAUUCUUGUUAGUUGUUGUUCAUAGACAAGAAUGGAAUGUGGUCAUUGUUAAAGUAGACAUUGAUUGUAGGUACGAGGGCUUAUAUGUUGGCAUAUGAAAUUGUUGUUUGGUAAAA